AUGGCGUCUCCAUUAUUUUUUAUUCUUUUACUUCAUGCUACUGUUGAAUACGUUGUUGCUGCUCAUGUUGGUGAUGUUGAAGAUGAACUUAGGGUUUACGAUGAUGAAGAUGAAAUCAUGUUAUUUGUUGCUGCUGCGGUUAUAGAUGAUGAAGACGAUUUACGAAGAAAUCCGCCGCUGCUGUUGAAGAUUCAUCUACAUAUGUUGAAGAUGUUGAAGACGACGAUGAAGAUGUUGAAGAUCUUGAUUUCUUAUGAAGAUGUUUCAAAGAACGAACUAAUUUGGAGUGUUAACUUUUGCACCACAAUCACUACCGAAAUCGUGAAAAGGUCCUCUGACGAGGAUUUCAAAGCUUCUGCAGCCAAAUCAAAAAAUAAGACAAAUCAUGCUGAGGGGGAAAAUCCUGACAUACCCCUUAAUGACCGGAGAGCCACUUAUGCUGAGCUUAUGAAGAGAAAAGCCGAGGAUGAUGAGGCGGACGACCGUCGACGUAGAAAGGAUCGAAUCCGGCGCAGAAUACUAGCAGCUGAGGAAAGACGUCGAUUUGCUGACAGUGUGCCUUCCGACUCUGAUGCUUCAGAAGAUGAACCAGUGUGGGUGCCACGGGAUCGCAAAAUUAAGCCAGAUCGUCGUACCGGAGAUCUCAGAGAGAUUGCGAAACAAGUCGAGGAUAAAGCGGAAGAGGACUCGGACGAUCCUAAUAUCCGUCCAGACUUCAUCAAUGACCCUGAUAGUGACUCCGACGAAGAAGAGGAUUCUGAGAAGGACAGUGAUGAUGAAUCUAAUAAGUCUGACAACUCGGAUGAAUCUGACGAGUAG